UAGAUAAACGUAGUGUAUUUUAGUCAAUAAGCAGCUUGCUGACAAAUAAUAAGUCAAAAUGAUAUUUUUACUGCUGCUAGUGAUAGUCAUGUCAACAUCAUUUGUAGUAUACCGAAUAAAAAACAAGCGAUUGUAUGAGUUGGCUGAGAAGACGCCUUCAGUAAAAGAUUCAUUGCCACUGAUCGGUGUGGGACAUAAGUUUUUAGGAGCCACUCGCGAAGAUAUCUACAAGACGCUAAAGGACUUUAGUUACCAAAGUAUAGAGAACGGAGGACUCGUAAAAUUUUGGGUUGGGCCUACUCUACAUUACAUGAUAACUGACACAGAAGAUGCAGAAGUCAUACUGAAAUCCCAAUUGGCGAAAACUACCGCAUAUGCAUUAUUGGGGAGCUUCAUUGGCAAGAGUACCUUAAAUGCUCCAGUUCCCGUUUGGAAGUAUCAUCGAAAAAUCUUGAUGCCAGCUUUUACUUCGAAGAUGAUGGAGAGUUAUUUCCCCACAUUUGUUGCCAAAAGUAGAACUUUAGUAGAGAAAUUGGAUGAACAAGUGAAUAAGGGUGAAUUCCAACUAUUCCCAUAUAUGUCUGCAUACGAAUUAGCAAUAGUGUGUGAGACCACGUUUGGAGUAAACGUAAACUGUCAAGAAGACCCUAACCAUCCAUUUUUAGUUCAAGUCGAAAUCAUGAUGGAAAUUACGUCUGAACGAAUAUUCAAUAUCCUGCAGCAUCCUGAAUGGAUGUUCAAAUUGUCACCACAAUAUGCUAAAUUUUGCAAAGCGCGCCAAACAGUAAAUGAGUUUAUCUUAAAGAUAGUAGAGACUAAAAGGGAAGAAAUUAAAGCCAAACGUCGGACCAACCCUGAAGGCAAAGAAAUUGAUGUCACUGAAUCGAAGAUCCCUUCAUUCCUCGAGCUCGUGCUGAACAUGGAGAAGGAUAUCAAGUACACGGACACAGAGCUGAUGCAGGAACUGAUAGCGCUAACCUUGGCUGGCACCGACACCUCGGCCAUAUCUCUGAGCUUCUUCUUCGAACUGAUGUCCAAGUAUCCGGACGUGCAGGAGAAAGUUUAUCAAGAACUUCACGAUGUGUUCAGUGACUCCACCCGAAGUUUAGCAAAGGAGGAUAUACCGAAACUGCAGUAUUUAGACAGGGUGCUGAAAGAAUCACUCAGGCUUUACGGUCCCUCUGCUUUGAUCGCGAGAACUGUGGAGCAAGAAACCAAACUACCAUCGGGCCACACGCUGCCAGCGGGCUGCGAUGCCGAUAUCAGCAUAUACGGGAUCCACCGGGACCCCCGCCACUGGGGUCCGGACGCUGAGACGUUUGACCCUGACCGAUUCCUGCCCGGAAAAUAUGACAACAUUCAACCCUGCUCAUACCUCCCAUUUAGUAACGGCCCGAGAAAUUGCCCUGGUUACCAUUUCGGUACCACGACAUUAAAGAUUGCCAUAUCAGAUGUAUUGAGGAAAUUCAAAAUUGUAGCAGAACCGCUCAAAUCACGUGUCCCUAACCUCGAAGCAAAAUUCGACAUUCUUACGAAACCUCUACACGGUGUCUGCAUUGCCCUGGAACGACGAAAAUAAAAUUACAUUCAUGAACAAAAAAUUUCAAGAAUAAACAAAGGUCGUGGUAUAUUUUUGUAUGGAGUCAGGACUAUUGCAAUGAACGGAAAGGAAAUUCUAUUAUUAUGAAAGUACAAAAAUAUACUUACAUCUUUUGCAUUAUUAAAUUAUAUUUUUUUAAAUCCCCUUUUAUUUCACAUACACGUAUUUCACAUUUCUACAGCCAAGCCGCGAUCGGAUCAUCCGCUGCCUGGAUCCAUGCAUAG